UCAGCUCUUCAAGGAAUUCAGUCACGAUCAUCCAAUCAUGUUGAUUUGGAACUAGCAAAGUCAGCUUCUUGUUUUCUCCAAUCAUGUUGAUUUGGUUUGCCACCAAUGUUUCAAUUGGUGUUUACAACAUUUUCAAGUAUGACCCCUCCAUUCUCAAAGCCGUGUCGCCACGUUACAUCGUUAAGUUCUUCAUGGCCAACGGCAAGACUGCGUGGGAUCUCCUCGGAGCAGUCUUCUUGAGCAUCACAGGAGCUGAGGCCAUGCUUGCAGAUUUGGGGCACUUUAACAAAAGGGGUAUUCAGCUGGGCUUCUCUUUCGUGGUUUAUCCGUACGCGGGUGAAACGGCUUACCUAGUGAAGUACCCUGAGAACAUCACUGACGCAUACUACAGUUCUCUGCCGAAUCCAGUUUACUGGCCGAUGUUCGUUAUCUCCACGCUAGCUGCAGUUGUUGCAAGCCAGUCUAUGAUCUCCGCAUGCUUCUCCAUCGUGAAGCAGUCGCUGGCGCUCGCCUGCUUCCCCAGGGUCUACAUAAUCCACACAUCCUCCAAGCACCAAGGCCAGGUCUACUCCCCUGAGAUCAACUACAUUCUACUUAUCCUCACGGUGGCGCUCGUCGUCGGAUUCAAAGGCGGAGUCGAGCUCGCCAAUGCGUACGGCGUGGUGGUGAUAUGGGUCUUGAUGAUCACCACGUUUCUCAUGAGUCUUGUGAUGCUGGUGAUUUGGAAGACGAAUGUGGUGGCCGUGUUGGGAUUCUUGGUGCCGUACGUUUUGAUGGAGGGCGCUUUCUUGCUGAGGAAGAUACCGCAAGGGGUAUGGGUUCCGUUCCCCAUAUCGGUUCUCUUCAUGACCGUGAUGAUGUCGUGGACGUACGGAAGGAGCAAGAAGACGACGUACGAGGCCGAGAACAAGAUGAGCGUGACAGAACUGAAUGAGGCAUUAUCCAGCAUCUACCGGACUCCAGGGGUCUGUUUCUUCUUCACCGAUCUCGUCCACGGCCUUCCGCCCAUCAUCCGCCGCUACAUCCACCACAUGAACUCGGUGCGUGAGAUCAUGGUGGUCGUCACCAUCAGGACUCUACCAAUCAAAACCGUCUCGCCAGAGGAGCGUCUCCAUGUGGGCAAGCUGGGAAGCAACGGGGUGUACCGGUGUUUGAUCCAAUUCGGGUACAAGGACGCAGAGGACAUCGACGGAGCCAACUAUGCUGAUUCCAUAGCCGCAAAGCUCCUUGAGCUGACCGACGAUACCAGUGAGAAGCACAAGAUUCAGAGUUCGAUGCAGAAAGGGAUAGAGUUCGUUACUGGAAGGACUAUUCUCAAGGCAGACAAGAAGAGCGGUAUGCUUUCACGAUUCACCAUAGAUUAUCUGUAUAGGUUUCUGCAAAAGAACAGCAUGCCUGCAUUUUCAGCAGUUCGGACACCUUCCAACGCAACGCUGCAGGUCGGGAUGUUGUACGAGAUCUGAAGCCAGACUUCAGUA